GUGCACACAGACAUGUCUCAUCGUAAAUUCCACGCCCCGCGCCAUGGGCACAUGGGGUUCCUGCCCCGCAAGCGCAGCAAGAGGCACAGGGGGAAGGUGCGCAGCUGGCCCAAGGAUGACCCCAGCAAGCCCGUCCACCUCACUGGCUUCCUGGGAUACAAGGCUGGCAUGACCCACAUCCUCAGGGAGGUGCACCGAGCUGGCCUCAAGCAAUCAAAGCGGGAGGAGGUGGAGGCGGUCACUAUCAUUGACACGCCGCCGGUCAUUGUGAUGGGGGUCGUGGGAUACAUUGACACCGUCCGUGGCUUGCGCUCCUUCAAGACCAUCUUUGCCGAGCAUCUCAGUGACGAGUGCAAGCGUAGAUUCUACAAAAACUGGUACAAGAGCAAGAAGAAGGCCUUCACCAAGUACAGCAAGAAGUGGCAGGAUGAGAACGGCAAGAAGCAGCUGGACAAGGAUUUUGCUCUGAUGAAGAAAUACUGCUCAGUCAUCAGGGUUAUUGUGCACUCCCAGAUGCGCCUGCUGCCCAUCAGGCAGAAGAAGGCCCACAUCAUGGAGGUGCAGCUGAAUGGUGGCAGCAUCUCCGACAAGGUGGACUGGGUGAAGGAGCGCCUGGAGAAGGCCGUGCCCGUCUCUGCCGUCUUCUGCCAGGAUGAGAUGAUUGAUGUCAUUGGCGUCACCAAGGGUCAUGGCUUCAAAGGUGUGACAAACCGCUGGCACACAAAGAAGCUCCCCAGGAAGACCCACAAGGGUCUGCGGAAGGUGGCCUGUAUCGGAGCCUGGCAUCCUGCCCGUGUGGGCUACACCAUCGCCCGUGCUGGUCAGAAGGGUUAUCACCACCGCACUGAGCUUAACAAGAAGAUCUAUCGUAUUGGUAAGGGUGUACACAUCCAGGAUGGAAAGGUGAUCCGUAAUAAUGCCUCUACUAGCUAUGACACCAGCCAGAAGACCAUCAGCCCCAUGGGAGGCUUCCCCCACUACGGUGAUGUGAAUAAUGAUUUCGUCAUGUUGAAAGGCUGUGUGGUCGGCCCCAAAAAACGUGUCAUCACCAUCAGAAAGUCUCUGCUGGCGCAGACAUCUCGUAAAUUCAAGGAGGCUAUUGAUCUCAAGUUCAUUGAUACCACCUCCAAAUUUGGUCAUGGCCGCUUCCAGACUGCUCAGGAGAAGAGGGCGUUCAUGGGCCCGCUGAAGAAAGAUGCCCUAAAGACACUGCCAGAGCCUCUGCCAGAGGAGGCCUAAAAGAGUUGAUC